AUGCUUGAGCGAGGCCUGAUCAGUCCGACCUUCUGUGCGACCAUACUUCAACGAGUUUCACCGAUGGCUUCGGCCUUCGCUCGGUCUAAUCGUGUUUUAUUUAGCGCCACGGAAUUGGAUAUUAUGAAGACUCGGGUGCUGUACAGCCUGACGCCCGCCACCCGAGAACUGACUGUGCUCACAUUCGGCUUGUUGCACAACAUGGUCGUCCACUCCGCCAUAUCACUUCAGAACCAAAUAGCGCGCUCGAGACAGUCCACGAGAACAGAUCAGACCUGUUCGGAACUUGCAGCCUCUUCACCGACGUCCCCAUCGUCAGCUGUAUCUGGAACUGACGUACCUUUCGCUACUGACACGUUGACGACGUCUCCAGCCCCUUCAGCGAUCGACUCAAGGGCGCCUCUUCACUGUGGCUCGUUUUGCGUCUCGGGUCGGCCGGACGGCGAGUUGUUACUGAAACGGAGACCGGUUCUCGUCUCAGACGGCUUUGAUGCCUUUAAAAAAGAUUAG